AUGGCUGAAUCAACAACUUCAACGAGUAGUAUUCCUUCGGUAAUGAAAGCUGCUCAACAAAAUAAUUUUGGAGAAAUACGUAAUGUAUUAACACUUCGUGAUGAUGUACCAGUACCUCGAAAAUUAUCAGCUAAACAAAUUCUUGUUCGAGUUCAUGCUGCUUCAAUUAAUCCAGUUGAUUGGAAAUUAUUAAAUGGAAAUUUAUCUCUUGUUAUUCAUUAUUCAUUUCCUCAUAUACCAGGUAAUGAUGUUGCUGGCGUUGUUGUCGAUAUUGGUUCAGAAGUAAAACGUUUUCAAAUCGGUGAUAAAGUCUAUGGAAAUGUUGGUGUUCAUGGUGGUAGUUAUGCUGAAUAUGUUUGUGGAAAUGAAUCAAUGUUUGCAUUAAAACCAAAAAAUUUAACAAUGGAAGAAGCAGCCGCUGUACCAUUAGCAUGUGAAACAAGUUAUCAAGCAUUAUUUAAAAAAGUUUCACCUCCUGUUGGAGCAGGAACUAAAAUUUUCAUUUGUGGUGGUAGUUCAGCAACAGGGUUUUUUGCUAUUCAAUUAGCAAAAGCUGUUGGUGCUCAAGUUGCAACAACAUGUUCACAAAGAAAUUUUAAUUUUUUGAAACAACUUGGCUAUACAAUAACAGAAAAUAAAGACGAAAUAAAUAAUGAUCAACAACAAAUACUUGUUAUUGAUUAUAAUGCGAAAGAUUUUGGACAAGAACUCAAAGGCCACAAUUAUGAUGUUGUGUAUGAUUGUGUUGGUGGUGAACAACAAUGGAUAUCAGCUCAACAAAUAUUGAAACAAGGUGGUCAAUUUAUUACUAUUGUUGGUGACGAUACAAAAUCAACUAUUUCAUUAAAAUCGGUUGCUACAGGUGGUGCUAGUUUAAUAAAUCGCAAAUUUUGGUCAGUUUUUAGUUCAAGUCAUCAUGGUUAUAUACUGCAUUUUCUCAAUCAAACACCUGAAGAACUUGAUGACAUACGAACAAAUUAUAUUGAAACUGGCAAAGUUAAACCAUUAAUUGAUACUAUCUAUGAUUGGCGAAAGGAUGGCGUCGAAGCAUUGUAUUCAUUUUAUGAAAAAUCAAAAAGUGGAAAAGCACAAGGAAAAUUAAUUCUUAAAAUGAUUGAUGAAGAAUAA